AUGACGCUGCCGCCGCCCGCGCGCCCCGCGCACCCCGCCGCGCAUCGCGCAAUGCGCUAUUACCGCAUCUGGAUCUACGCGUGCAACGGCGCGCUGCUGCUGGGAGCGCUGGCGUUCUGCGCGGCGGCGGGCCGCGCGCUCUCCGACUACCGCCGCGCGCUCGUGCCCGGGCUCGGCGCCGCCCAGCCCGGCUUCCUCUACGGGUACGCCGCACUGCCCGCGCAGGCGGGCCUGCUUCAGCUGCUCGGCUGUCUCGCCGCUCUCCGCCUCUCCGAGCGAAUGCUCAACGCCUACUGGCUCGCACUCCUGGCGCUGCUCGUCGGCGACGCCGCCAUCGGGGUCUACUGGGCGUUUCGGUUCGAACGCGUCUGCAGGGAACUGCGGCCCCAACUUCGGAUACGCCUCGCGAAGGAGUACGACACAGACCUAGACUUCGCCGAAGCCUGGGAUAGGCUUCAGAGAGAGCAGCGCUGCUGCGGGGUGACGGGUCCGGCGGAUUUCGCCGCGUUUAACCGCACCACGCUUCCGCCGAGUUGUUGCCGAAUACCUGCGCACACGCCGGCCGUGACGCCGACGCUGCUCGCCGCGACCUCCGCGUCGUCGCCGGUGCCGUUCACCCCGAUCCACUGCGCCCCCCAUUCGGCCGCCUGCGCGGAGCGGCUCCUCGUUUGGCUUCGACGGACAGCAGACGCGUUGUUCGUGUUAGGGUAUUGUGUUAUAGCAUUCUUAAAAUUGUGCUUCCUCGGAAUCCUCCGAUACGAAAUAAAGGAGAUGAUUCAGAAAAUUAGAAUAUUACGAAGCGAAAUGGGGGCGGGCGAACUUCUCGACGGGAGCCCGAUACACGGCGGGCCCCUGUCGCAGACGGUGAUAGUGAACGCGGUGAACGCGAACGGCGGCGUGCGAGCGCACGGGGGCAGCCCGGAGCGGGCCGGCGAGCGGGAGGCGCUGCUGGGGCGGGCGUCGGAGCCGCGGCGCAGCACGCACGACGAGCCGCUCGGGCCCAAGACGGUGAACGGCAACAACAACUGCGAGAUGCGCGAGCUGGCGCGCGGCGAGUACAGGCCGCUGGCGGCGGACAGUGCGGCGACCCGGAUCUGACUAAGAUGUUACCUGGAGCGGUUGUUCGGGCGGCGCUGGCGGUCGUUCUCGGCGACCGGCUUCGAGUCGGAGCUGCCGCCGGCGCGCGCGCCGCCCGCCGUGGUGCGCCGCUCGGCCGCGCGCGUGCGCCUCGACCACCGCCGCCACACCCGCUCCGAGUUCGAGCUGUGAGCGCGCCGCACCGGGCCCGGAGCUGAGCGUCGCCUGUCAAUUGCGAUUACCGAAGCCCUUCGGUGUGACUUUACAUGUUUUACUAGUCGUAGUGCAGUUCAGACUGUUCCGCCGACGAAUGUCAGUGUUAAAGUGUUAUUUACAAAUAACGUUUUGAACUUUGAGUAUGUGAAAGUGCAUCGGACGUGAAGUGUAGUGUGUAAUAGACAAAGUGAAUCCCACGAGCAAAGCUUGUGUUUAGUUCCUACGCUUGCCAGUUAAAGUUACUUUAUGACAUAGAGGGAGUAAUUAAACAUUUGAUUUAUGCUAUACAGGGAAACGGUGAAUACGUUGAGUUUCCUAGUGUGCGUAUGAUGGAGUGCAGACGUGUAAAACUGCGGUGAUAUACCACCAAUGCGAGGUUCCUUAGCGCGGUCGAUGCUGUAUCGAGCGACUACACCAUGC